GUGGAGAAAAGGUCAAUGAACAAACAUUUUUCCAGCUCACGUAAAACUGUAAAAGUCAUAACAGUGUUUGAACUGACCGAUUUCAACAAGAAACAUAAAUCCCUGAGCUUCAAGCCAGUCAACUUUGCCUGCAUUCUCAAAUUCACGAAACCACAACUUCAAGAUAAAUCGUUCAAGGAUGGCGUUAUUGACCAGUUGUAUGAAUUGUUUCUGGAAACGUUCCAUGCGUACGCACAUACGAUAGCUUUCCCGGAGCUGGCCCUGCCAGCUGUACUUCAGUUGAAAGAAUUCGUGAAGAAAUGUAAAGUGGGUAAUUUCACAAAGCAGAUGAAACAGAUUCUGGACAAGGUGGAAGAGAACAGUACAUUUAUCACGAGCCGACGCCGUUCAGCUAACCUCAAUCUGUCCGAUAGAAAGUCCAUUGAUCGGUGGGAGGACAGUUGUCUGGAGGCAAGUACUCCAUUAAACAAAUUCUACAAAACAUGGCGUAAAUUUAGAGACAGGGAGCUCAUGCAUCGUAUAGCCGACAGAGAUGAGGUCGUAGAGACGGAUCUGCCAGAGAUAAAACGACCAAAGGGGCCGCUGAAAGCAACCGACACGGAGAAGAAAGAGUUCUCGGCCUUGUUUGACAGCGAUAGCGAUGACAACGAUAUGGAUUUAACUGAGAGUUUUCUUCCGCCCGAUGAGAAGAAAGAACUAAUGAAGGAGAGGAAAAAGAAGGGCAAAGAUAAAGAAGGAAAAGAUGCAAAGAAAGCAACAAAAGAUAAAAGUAAAGCAACAAAAGACGACAGUGAUGAUGACGACGACGAUCUUUAUGAGGAUUUUGACAGUGAUGAAUUGGAACAACUGGCUGGGUCAGGGUCUGACGGCGACGACGGCGAAGUAGAGUACGACGACGGGAAAGAAGAUGAUGACGAUGAUGAUGACGUAAACGAUGAUGAUGAUGACGACGGUGAAAAUGCUGACGAGGAUGACGAUGAAGAUGACGACGACGACGAUGUACCGGAAGGAGAAGAUAUUGUUAAGGAGUUUACCAUGUCAUCUGAUGAAGAUUUAGAUUAGGAAGAUGAAAAAAAGAAAAAAUUAACAUGAUGUGUAAACUUAUGUUUUAAAAAUAAUUAUUCCAUUUACCAUUUUAACUACGUGAAUUACGACCUGCAACAUGACAUGUGUAUGAGGCCUUUGUGUAUAAACAUUGAGAAAUAGUGAAUGGAUUUGUAAUGCCUUGUUAAAGAUGAAAAUUAAUGUUUUAAGUUUUAUGUUAAGUAUCAAGACUGGGAUUAAAUAAUUUUAACCAUAAAAUAUUAUAAAUAUUUGGGAAAAGAUAAAAGAAUUGUAUGUGUAAAUAAAGAAUUGGGAAUGAUAUAUUUUACUGCUAAAACACUGUUUUAAACUACACUGUUCAGUUAAUAAAUUACUGAUUGUUUUAUUUGAAAGAUACAUGUACAAUAUAUAAACAAUUAGAAUAUCAAUAAAAGGAAUAUAAACA